AUGCCAAGAAGUGCUAGAAAUACUAAAAGCAAAACACCAAGAGCCUCAAUAGGCGUUUCGGACUGGGAAUCAAAACUCUGCGACCUCAAUUUGGACGAUGAUGUAUGGAAAAUGUCACUGUCCAUUCUUUCACCAUCACUAUUAGCGGAAAAUGAGAUUAUAUCAAUUUUAGCUGCAAGCGUCGUCAAUGGACAACGUCAAAGAUUCACGGUAAUAACAUACGAAGAUGUCCUAAAUCAGAUUCUCACUCAAUGUAAAACCAAAAGUCAGAAGGAUGCUCCGGAGUUUUUUGAGAUUUGCAAUGUAGCUAAAAACCUAAUUGAUACUGCCAAUGAAUUAAAUCCACAGACACUUUCAAAGGUUUUGAAAUUUAUGUUCAACAACCUAAAAACACUGGACAUUAAGCAGCAGUCAUUAAGAAAAUUAAUUCCAAAGAUUAAUCAUCUGGAAGAUACUAAGAAGAAAGAAAAUCCGAAAGAUAAAAAAUCUGGUGCCAAAGUCAUGAAGUCACAAGAGCCACCAGUAAACAAAGAGAAAAGUAAACUUUAUAAACGUGGAGAAGAAGCAUUAGAAGAGAAAUACCUGGGUGAUGAACCAGAUAAUGGAAUCAAUCGAUAUAUUCUUCUUGUUAAUUUUGAAAAAUGUGGACUUUUAGAAGAGUUAUGUCGUCUAAAAAUAGACAUUCAUAGUAUUAUACGUUUACAUGUAAAUGAUCAAAAACAACUUCAAAUAUUAAUCACCAAACAGAAGGCUGAAAAAAUGUGGGGUUCCAAAGGAUGUGAACAAGAUUUGGAGCAGAUGAGAUCUGAAGAGGAGGCAUUAUUAUUAGCAGAAGAACAAUUAAGACAGUACUGGCGUACAACUAGUAUUCUGAUGCGAGAUCAUGUUUAUGAACGUUUGGGGAAUGUCGCUACGUUAGAUUAUAAUGUCAAAACAGAAUUACUUCCUGAUGACCUUAAUGGGGCGGAAAACAGGGCAUCUUUUGGAGCCACAAUGUUCAAUGAAAUAUCUACUAUUCUGUAUGAUCUGAUAGACUUUAGACGUCAAUGGAAAAACUAUUUAGAACAUAUAAAAGUCAUUCAUUUACCUAUAUGCCCUCCUUUAUUGAAUGAAAAUGAUUCCGCAAAUAGUAACCAACUGUUAAAAAUGUCUAAACCAACAAUCGGUUUACAUCCAGAUAAUAUGGAUAAACCUGCAAUAAAAUCUGAAGAUUGUGGUGAUAUUUUAGCAGAAGACUUCGUUGAUAUGAGGUUUUAUAAUGAAAUACUUCAAGGUUUGCCAAUCGAAAGCACUAGCGUUGAGCUAAUACUUCAUGCCGUAUUAGAACAGGUUACUGCUAAUGAAAAUGAGAUUUUACCACAGGAGGUAUUAAUUGAUGAGAAAUCAAAAAAUGAGGGAUUUGAUCCCAACAUUUCUAGAAAUAUUGCAAAUGAAGUAGAUAAGCUGUUCUUAACUGAAGAAGAGAGAGUUCGCUGAUCAAAUUCUGCCAAUCAAAUUUCACUGUGGCAAUCGGUUUGAAUGACACGUGAUUGAAUCUGACAGGCAGCAUUAAUUUCUUCAAGAUUACAGGUACACUGUGGUAGCUAGUACUAUAGAGCACAAAAACUAGUCAUAGGGUCUCUCACCGAUAACUUCCAACCAUUUUACACAGUAAAUGAUUGUUUGUACAUCAAAACUUCACAAUAUGUGGAGAAAAUACACUACUUUUAUAAAAAGUCAAACAAAAUUCGAAAACUGCACAAACCUGUUCUUCAAGUUUUGUAGCAUCUUUAAAAAUUUUCGCCACACUGUCAUCAAGGAAAUGAAUUCACAACUAAUUAUGUAAUAUUAUACCAUACUAACUGAUCACUGAAUGCAUUGAAUGUGUUUUAAUUAAACACUAUAUGUUACUUAACUACUUAUCAUUUAAAACCCAACAGUGAUGUUCAAAUAAUACUGGAUAACUUUGUAAUGGGUUCAUUUUUAGUAAUACAAAUGAUCUGUAGCAACUAUUUUAAUAAAAU